GUGAGGGAGAAGGGCUCAGAGGGAGAAGAGAAGAGGGGGAGAGAGGUCGGUGGAGGAGUGCUCACAGGAUUGGCAGGUCAGGAACCCAGGGGCCUUCACAACAGGGAGUUAUAGUGUGCCGCAGUUUGGGACUAUACAGUGACAGGACUCAUUUCUCGUGGACUGGGAGCUCUUCUCAGGUAGAGGCACCAAGAUGGCGGCCAACGGCGAGGCGGCCAAGCCGGUCAUCAUGAAUGAAGAGGAGCUGAAGAGGAAGCAAAGGGAGAAGCUGAAGAAGCUACAGGCCACGGGGGGUAACCCUCGACCCGCGAGAUCCCUCUUCUUCUUCACCCUCAAGAACCCCUUCCGCAAGGCCUGCAUCAAUAUCGUAGAGUGGAAAACCUUUGAGAUCAUCAUUCUAUUGACCAUCUUUGCAAACUGUGUUGCUCUGGCUGUGUUCCUGCCCAUGCCUGAAGAAGACAGUAACAACACAAACUUGAGCUUGGAGAGUCUGGAGUACAUCUUCCUAAUAAUCUUCACGUUAGAGUGCUUUCUGAAGAUAGUGGCGUAUGGGCUUGUUUUCCAUGAAGGCGCCUAUUUACGGAACUGUUGGAACAUAUUGGACUUUGUCAUCGUCUUCAUGGGCCUUGUCACCUUUGUUAUGGAUACGGUCCAUAAGAUAUCUGGUGUGCCAAUGGAGAAGGGUGGGGGGUUUGACAUGAAGGCACUGAGAGCCUUCAGAGUGCUACGACCCCUUCGCCUCGUCUCUGGAGUCCCCAGCCUGCAGGUGGUGAUGAACUCCAUCCUCAAGGCCAUGCUGCCUCUGCUGCACAUCGCCCUGCUGGUCUUCUUACUGGUCACCAUCUACGCCAUCAUGGGACUGGAGCUCUUCAAGUGCAAAAUGCAUAAGACCUGCUAUUACACUGACACAAAUAUCUAUGCUACAGCAGAGGGCGAGCUGCCUGCUCCCUGUGCUCAGGCUGGUAACGGACGCCGUUGCAUCAUCAACGGCUCUGAGUGUCGGCCAGGCUGGGAAGGUCCCAACAAUGGCAUUACCCACUUCGAUAACAUCGGCUUUGCCAUGCUGACUGUGUAUCAGUGUAUCACCAUGGAGGGGUGGACCAAAGUGCUCUACUGGAUUAAUGAUGCCAUGGGAAAUGAGUGGCCCUGGCUCUACUUUGUUCCCCUCAUUCUGCUGGGCUCCUUCUUUGUGCUCAAUCUGGUCCUGGGUGUGCUCAGUGGAGAGUUUACCAAAGAGAGAGAGAAGGCGAGGUCACGUGGAGAGUUUCAGAAGUUGCGAGAGCGUCAGCAGCUGGACGAAGACCUCCAUGGCUACAUGGAGUGGAUCACUCACGCUGAAGUCCUGGAUGCCGACCGAGAGGGCAAAGGAUUGCUGCCUUUGACCAGUGGAGAUUCUGACACAGACAGCCUGUAUGACCUGGAAGGCAAGAGUCAAAUCGUCUUCUACUACCGUCUGGCCCGUCGCUGGAAUCGCUUCUUCAGGAUGAAGUGCCUGGUUUAUGUGAAAACCAAAAGCUUUUACUGGGCUGUGAUGUUCCUCGUUCUCCUCAACACCUUGACCAUAGCAACAGAGCAUCACCACCAGCCUGACUGGCUCACUUCCCUACAAGAUGUUGCCAGUCGUGUACUGCUGGUGCUGUUUGUCAUUGAGAUGUUUGUGAAGAUGUAUGCUCUCGGUCCUAGAGCAUAUUUCAUGUCUCUGUUUAACCGCUUUGACUUCUUUGUGGUGCUAUGCGGUAUCCUGGAGAUGAUCAUGCUGUCUGCGGGAGCCGUGGCUCCUCUGGGUUUCUCUGUACUCAGGUGUAUUCGGCUGCUGAGGAUCCUCAAAGUCACAAAGUACUGGACCUCUCUAAGUAAUCUUGUGGCCUCCCUCCUCAACUCUGUCCGCUCCAUCGCCUCCCUGCUCCUCCUUCUCUUCCUCUUCAUCGUCAUCUUCUCGCUCCUCGGCAUGCAGGUUUUUGGGGGGAAAUUUAACUUUCCCGACCACAGACCCAGACGCAGUAACUUUGACAACUUCCCUCAGGCCCUCAUCAGUGUAUUUCAGAUCCUAACAGGAGAGGACUGGACCAGCAUCAUGUAUAACGGCAUUAUGGCUCAUGGAGGGCCUGAUUUCCCCGGCAUCCUAGUCGCCAUCUACUUUAUCAUCCUCUUUGUCUGUGGAAACUAUAUCCUCCUCAAUGUCUUCUUGGCCAUCGCCGUCGACAACCUGGCAGAGGCGGAGAGUCUGACUUCAGCUCAGAAAGAAAAGGCAGAAGAGAAGUUGAGAAGGAAGCUGCUAAGGUCCAAAAUGCCUGACAAGACUGAUGAGGAGAGGGAGAGGAUAGCUAAGAAACUGGCAGAGCAGAGGGCCAAGAUGGAGGGAAUUCCCACCACAGCCAAGCUUAAAGUUGAUGAGUUUGAGUCCAAUGUCAAUGAAGUGAAAGAUCCGUUCCCACCUGCCGACUUUCCAGGUGAUGACGAGGAGGAAGAGCCUGAAAUCCCGAUCAGCCCUCGGCCCAGACCAAUGGCCGACCUGCAGCUGAAGGAAGAAGCGGUUCCAUUGCCUGAAGCCAGCUCCUUCUUCAUCUUUGGCCCUCAGAACAAGUUCCGAAAGCUGUGCUACAAGAUCAUCAAUGCUUCGUCCUUCACCAACUUAAUCCUCCUGUUCAUCCUGCUCUCCUCCAUCUCCCUGGCAGCUGAGGACCCCAUCGAUCCCAAGUCCUACAGAAACCAGGUGACAAUCAGGUCUAGCACCGCACGAUGUACAGUAACUGCUGAGAUGAGGCAAAAUCUGAAAACAACCCUGCUGUCUGUGUCCUUCCUCCAGAUCCUGGCCUAUGCUGACAUUGUCUUUACAACUGUGUUCACCAUUGAGAUUGUACUAAAGAUGACAGUGUAUGGAGCGUUUAUGCACAAAGGCUCCUUCUGCCGUAACUCCUUCAACAUCCUGGAUCUGAUUGUGGUCGGAGUCUCCCUGCUUUCUAUGGGAAUGGAAUCCAGUGCCAUCUCUGUGGUGAAGAUUCUCAGGGUGUUGAGGGUGCUGAGGCCUCUUAGGGCCAUCAACAGAGCGAAAGGGUUAAAGCAUGUGGUCCAGUGUGUGUUCGUGGCCAUCAAAACCAUCGGCAACAUCGUCCUGGUCACCAUGCUGCUGAAUUUCAUGUUUGCCUGUAUAGGAGUGCAACUCUUUAAGGGUAAAUUCUACAGCUGCACAGACGUGUCCAAACUGACUGGGGAGGAAUGCCAGGGAUCCUUCCUGAAGCACAUGGAGAAUUCCCUACAAAACACCGUGGUGGCCAAGAGAGAAUGGCUCAACAGUGACUUCAACUUUGACAAUGUGCUCUAUGGCAUGCUGGCUCUCUUCACUGUUUCCACAUUUGAGGGCUGGCCAAAACUCUUAUACAGAGCCAUCGAUUCAGAUGAAGAGGACAUGGGUCCUGUCUUCAACAACCGUGUGGACGUGUCCAUCUUCUUCAUCAUCUACAUCAUCCUCAUUGCGUUCUUCAUGAUGAACAUCUUUGUGGGCUUUGUCAUCGUCACUUUCCAGGAGCAGGGCGAGCAGGAGUAUCAGGACUGUGAGCUGGACAAGAACCAGCGUCAGUGUGUGCAGUACGCCCUGAAGGCUCGUCCUCUGAGAUGCUACAUCCCCAAAAACCCCUACCAGUACAGGGUCUGGUACAUUGUCACCUCCUCCUACUUUGAGUACCUCAUGUUCUUCCUCAUUAUGCUCAACACCUUGUGUCUGGGGAUGCAGCACUGUAACCAGUCGGACCAUGUGACCAAGCUGUCAGACAUGCUGAACUUGAUCUUCACCGUGCUCUUCACCGUGGAAAUGAUUCUCAAGCUCAUGGCCUUCAAAGCGAGGGGCUACUUUGGAGACCCCUGGAACGUCUUUGAUUUCAUUAUCGUCAUUGGCAGCGUUGUUGAUGUCAUCUUGAGUGAAGUCGAUACCGCCCUGGCCUCCAGUGGAGGACUGUACUGUCUUCAUGGCUGUGCUGAGACAAAUCCUAUGCAAGCAAUUGCGGCCUCUGAAAAUGCCUCCGUUUCCAUCACGUUCUUCCGACUCUUCCGUGUCAUGCGUCUGGUCAAACUGCUGAACCGUUCGGAGGGCAUCCGUAACCUGCUGUGGACGUUCAUCAAGUCCUUCCAGGCUCUCCCUCACGUAGCCCUGCUCAUCGUGAUGCUCUUCUUUAUCUACGCUGUCAUCGGGAUGCAGAUCUUUGGAAAGGUAGCCUUAGUGGACGGCACUCAAAUCAACCGCAACAACAACUUCCAGACAUUCCCUCAGGCUGUUCUGAUGUUAUUCCGAUGUGCUACUGGUGAGGCGUGGCAGGAGGUCAUGAUGGCUUCGAUGUACGGAAAGAAGUGUGACCCCAAGUCUGACUUCCUGCCAGGAGAGGAGCACACCUGUGGGUCCAACUUUGCUGUCUUCUACUUCCUCAGCUUCUACUGUCUCUGCGCCUUCCUGAUCCUCAACCUGUUUGUAGCUGUCAUCAUGGACAACUUUGACUACCUGACCCGGGAUUGGUCUCUCCUCGGCCCCCAUCAUCUGGAUGAGUUUAAGAAGAUCUGGGCUGAAUAUGACCCUGAAGCCACGGGGAGAAUUAAACAUCUGGAUGUGGUGACGCUGCUGCGACGCAUCCAGCCUCCGCUGGGCUUCGGCAAGUUCUGUCCUCAUCGUGCUGCGUGUAAGCGUUUGGUUGGUAUGAACAUGCCUCUCAACAGCGACGGCACCGUCACCUUCAAUGCCACCCUGUUCUCUCUGGUCAGGACUGCUCUCAAGAUCAAAACAGAAGGUAACUUUGAGCAGGCCAAUGAGGAGCUGAGAGCCAUUAUAAAGAAAAUCUGGAAACGCACCAGUAUGAAACUGCUAGACCAGGUCAUCCCCCCGAUAGGAGAUGAUGAGGUGACCGUGGGGAAAUUCUACGCCACCUUCCUGCUUCAGGACCAUUUACGCAAAUUCUUGAAGACUCAGGAGGAGUACUACGGCUACCGGCCCUCGAAGAAAAACGCCUCAGGCCCGGAGAUCCAGGCGGGUCUGAGGAGUAUAGAGGAAGAGGCCGCUCCAGAGAUGCACAGGGCCAUUUCAGGAGACCUGCAGACUGAGGACGAGAUGGACAGAGCGAUGGAGGAGGCUGGAGAAGAGAGAAUUUACCAGCGUACUCACGGCCUGUUCGGCGACCGGGUGGACUCGUUCUCCGCUGAGCCCGCCAACGCUCAGUCCUCACAUAUGACCAACCAGCGGCCCCUCAAGUUCUCUGAGAGCCAGCCCGAGUCCCCGCCCAACUCCGCCACCUUGUUGCCCACUACCGAAUUUUUCCCCACAACCACACCGAAGAGCAACACUAACAACAACGCCUUCGCAGAAUUUUCAUAUGAAAGAGAAGGGAGUCCUGAAGAGUUUUACAAUCCUAGUGAGGACGCAGAGCCAGACAACAGGCGCUGGAGCUUCACAGUGAAAACAGGCAAAACGCAGUUCCCUUAUGAUCCUAACUAUGGUGACAGCCAGAGCCAGAGCUCCCACACUGCAGCUGAUCAGCUCGUUCAGGAGGCUCUAGUAGAAGGCGGUCUAGCCUCCCUGGCCAGAGAUGCAGGCUUUGUGUCUGCGACUAAGAAGGAGAUGGCUGAUGCCAUGCACAUCCCCAUCGCUCAGAUGGAGGGCAUGGCGCAGGGCAUCCUCAACGAACGCUCCGGCAGCCGCACCUCCAUCAAAAAGAGACGUCCCAUCCCUGUCCCUCCUUCUGUCCCAUCUGCGGCCGCACAGGAAACAGUCCAGCCGGAUCCGGCUGUGAGGAGAAAGAGACGUCCAAUUCCCAUGAUUCCCUCCAUACAGGGGGUGACUGAGGCCGACUCCAAAGUUUAAAGGCUGUCACUUGAGUCUACGUGGUUAUCAUGUGGUUUUUUACUCCUGCAGGUGGCUCCACCUCACCUCACUUUACCAAGCUCGUUCCCCGGUGACAAUCUGUAUCUACAAGCCUGGCUCAAGGCCUAAAGGCACGUUAGCUCAGGUUUGAUAUAUUGUCCAGUGUGGUUGAAACUUAACCGAGGAGAAACAAUAUUUCUGAUGGUGAAACAUCUUCUUAAUCUUCAGACUUAUUGAAACUAAUAAAAACACCAAUUUAUCUCAGAGUGAACAGAUUGACGCACUCCUUUCUUUGUAGCGUUUUUGAGGUUAUCCAUUCCAUAGGCUCAUAGGACAACCAUGUGAGCGGACUGAGUGUCUUGCUGAAAGCCUCAAAGAGGGAGGCAGGAAGUGACGGGUGACUAGAAAUGUCUGACGUGACUCAGUGAAUACAGUGAGCAGGCAGCCGUCUUUAUCGAGCUGCAGUUCAGUGAGGAUGACGACUGACGACUGAAGUGUGCGCGUCCAGGCCCAGAAAGGUUCAACUGAGUAUUCAGUUCACACUCUUCAAAGGGCCCUGGUGCCAACAAUGCAAGUUGAAGCAUUUUUUUUGUUGUUGUUGUGAGAGCAGUGUCCUCUGAUCCAUUUGGACUUGCUGUCUUUUACUCUUUUAUUACUGAGGUUUGACGUUUCCUCCUGUUCACAACUGCUCUUGUAAGCAGUUGGUUUCAGCAGAUUUUUAAGAGGAAACAUUUUUUAUUAUUAUUUUUAUUUGGGACAUAGAGGUACAUUUCAUCUAUAAAAUAAUUACCCAAAGAUUUAGCUGUAUUAAAGUUUUUGUUAAAUUUAGGCCAUACUGUAGUCAAGCAGUGCAUGUGAUUGUUUUCACUUUAAGCCACUGCUGCUACAGGUUUUCUGUGUUUUUCAUCUACAUGAACAUGUCACACUUUUUAGUUGGGGGCAGUUAGUUUGACCCGUACAGAGAAUGUAUCUUCAGCAUACCUGGAGUAUGGUGGAUUUAGCUUGAAAGCUCACCAAGGCUUAUUAUAUAAUUUUAUUCAUAAUUGCAUGGGCAUAAUUAAUUGCACUUGUUUCAUGUUUUGUGCCUUAAUGCAAACAUGACAGGCCUUCCAGAGGACUGUUCUUUUCUCGUUUACAUUGUCCUCUGAUCAGCCUGUGUUUUGCGGUCGUACAUUACAUAAUUUUUCAAAGUUUUGGAGACGCCGGCCGUUUGAGUGAACCUUAUAGCUCAACUUCUGACCUUAAUUCUCCUUCACUUCUGGAUCUGUGCCAAUAUGGUUGAUGUUUUCACAUUGGUGUUUUCACCAUUGGUAAAAGAAAUAAAUCAUCAAAAACA